CUGACGGUUUCUGCGCAUGAGCGGAAACGUCAGAGGAAGAAGCAGCCGAAGAAGAAGUGAAGCCGCUGCGGGAGGAACUAAAAUGUCUGCUCCGAAAACCAUCCCGAAAGACGCUCAGGUGAUGAUCCAGAUCCUGAAGGACAUGGGGAUCACAGAGUACGAGCCCAGAGUCAUCAACCAGAUGUUGGAGUUCACCUACAGAUACGUGACGACCAUCAUCGAGGACGCCAAGAUCUACGCCGCGCACGCCAAGAAGUCAAACGUGGACGCCGACGACAUCAAACUGGCGAUCCAGUGCCGCAUGGACCAGUCGUUCACCUCGCCGCCGCCACGAGACUUCCUGUUGGAGGUUGCACGGCAGAAGAACCAGACUCCUCUCCCUCUGAUCAAACCUUACACCGGACCUCGACUCCCCCCAGACCGCUACUGUCUCACCGCCCCCAACUACAGACUCAAAUCCAUACAGAAGAAGGUGUCGUCGUCUGCCGGCAGGAUAUCAGUCCCUCGCCUCAGUGUCGGCGCCGUCUCCAGCAGACCGACCACGCCGACCCUCGGAACUCCAUCUGUUCAGUCCGUUACCACUAAAGUUGGAGCUCCGGUGUCUCUGACGGGUCAGAGGUUCACCGUGCAGAUCCCUCCCCCCUCCCAGACAACCACCACCAAAACCACGACGCCGUCCACGCCGGCUGUCUCCAACGUCCUCAUCAACCCGUCUCUAAUUGGCUCCAAAAACAUCCUCAUCACCACCAACAUGGUGUCGCAGAACACCGGCGGAGAGUCGCUGAAGAGGAAGCACGAGGACGACGACGACUACGACGCUUUAUGACGGCCAGACUGAAGAUGACCAUGCCUCUUUUUUAUAAAAACAAAUCUCCUUUUUCCUAAUCCUGAAAAAGUAAAGAGACUGACCCCUGUUACUCAGAACCUCACUGUGUUAGUUUAAGUUUUCUAGAACAUUUGUUGAAGCAGUUGGAGCCUCCACCUGUUCACACUGGGAGUUCACCAGUGAAACCAGUCUGAGGUCUCCAGUGAGUGUUAAAGCUGGACUGUGGAUUCAAACCGACAAACAGAAGCUUCAGUGGAGCAGAGGAAAACCUGCUCUGAUGUGAUUUACAAUAAACUAUUGAAAUAAA